GUGCGAGACUGCGGCGCGGCGGCCGCCACUGCGCCGGGUGCAGCGUUCCCUCCCGAGCGGCUCCGCCCGCGGUGGCUAAUGCGGCUCGGACCCGGGCUGUGGCGGGAGGGAAGAUGCCACGGCCCGAGUCCCAGAGGGCCGGGAUCCUGCGCUGCCGGCGUCGGGACCGCUGCUUCUGUACCUCCCUGGUGAAAUCCUGACUCUCUGCUUACAAGACACCUGUCCCUCAGCAGCUACCAGACCAUGACUGCCUGGUCUCACUGGAAAUUCCUGUACACAGCUGGAGAUUGAAGAUGGCCCUUCAGCUAUGCUAGGUCUAUAAUGGGAAGUGUCACAGUUCGAUAUUUCUGUUAUGGAUGCCUUUUUACAUCUGCGACCUGGACAGUUUUGCUUUUUAUUUAUUUCAACUUCAGUGAAGUGACUCAGCCGCUUAAGAAUGUGCCCAUCAAGGGGUCCAGGCCCCAUGGACCAUUUCCCAAAAAAUUCUAUCCCCGUUUCACUCGAGGCCCAAGUCGAGUGUUAGAAUCACAGUUCAAAGUAAACAGAAUUGAUGAUACAAUAGAUAAUCAUGUUGAAGAUCCAGAAAAAGGCAACAUGAAAUUCUCUUCUGAAUUGGGUAUGAUUUUUAAUGAACGUGAUCAGGAGUUGAGAGACUUAGGCUAUCAGAAACAUGCCUUCAACAUGCUUAUCAGUAACCGCUUGGGCUACCACCGGGACGUGCCAGACACCAGGAAUGCUGCAUGUAAAGACAAGUCUUACCCUGUGGACCUGCCAGUCGCUAGUGUUGUUAUCUGUUUCUACAACGAAGCCUUGUCUGCCUUGCUCCGUACUGUGCACAGCGUCCUAGACCGCACACCAGCCCAGCUCCUUCAUGAAAUCAUCCUUGUGGACGAUGACAGUGACUUCGAUGAUCUGAAAGGAGAACUAGAGGAAUAUGUCCAAAAAUAUCUCCCUGGAAAAAUUAAAGUAAUAAGAAACCCAAAGCGUGAGGGAUUGAUUCGAGGAAGGAUGAUUGGAGCAGCUCACGCUACAGGAGAAGUCCUGGUGUUCCUGGACAGCCACUGUGAAGUAAACGUGAUGUGGCUGCAGCCCUUGCUGGCUGCCAUCGAGCAGGACCAGCGGACCGUGGUGUGCCCUGUCAUCGAUAUCAUCAGCGCGGACACGCUCGCCUACAGCUCGUCCCCUGUCGUGCGGGGAGGUUUCAACUGGGGUCUGCACUUCAAGUGGGAUCUUGUUCCCCUUUCUGAGCUCGGAGGACCAGCAGGAGCUACUGCACCAAUAAAGUCACCUACAAUGGCUGGAGGAUUGUUUGCCAUGAACAGACACUAUUUCAAUGAACUUGGACAGUACGACAGUGGCAUGGAUAUAUGGGGAGGAGAAAAUUUAGAAAUAUCAUUUCGGAUUUGGAUGUGUGGAGGUAAACUCUUCAUCAUCCCUUGCUCUAGAGUCGGACACAUUUUCCGAAAAAGGCGACCGUAUGGUUCUCCUGAAGGCCAGGACACCAUGACCCACAACUCCCUGAGGCUGGCACAUGUUUGGUUGGAUGAAUAUAAGGAGCAGUAUUUUUCCUUAAGACCUGAUCUGAGGACCAAAAGCUAUGGAAAUAUCAGUGAGCGUGUUGAAUUGAGGAAGAAGUUGGGUUGUAAAUCAUUUAAAUGGUAUCUGGAUAAUAUUUACCCAGAGAUGCAGAUAUCUGGGCCCAACGCCAAACCCCAGCAACCCAUUUUUAUCAAUAGAGGGCCAAAACGCCCCAAAGUCCUUCAGCGUGGAAGGCUCUAUCACCUCCAGACCAACAAGUGUCUGGUGGCCCAGGGCCGCCCAAGUCAGAAAGGAGGCCUGGUGGUACUUAAAGCAUGUGACUACAGUGACCCAAGUCAGAUUUGGAUUUAUAAUGAAGAACACGAGUUGGUUUUAAAUAACCUCCUUUGCCUGGAUAUGUCAGAAACUCGCUCGUCAGACCCACCACGACUCAUGAAGUGCCACGGGUCAGGAGGAUCCCAGCAGUGGACCUUCGGGAAGAGUAAUCGGCUGUACCAGGUGUCAGUUGGACAGUGCCUGAGAGUGGUCGAUCCACUGAGCCACAAAGGCUAUGUUGCAGUGGCAAUCUGUGAUGGUUCUUCCUCACAACAGUGGCAUCUGGAAGGUUAAAGUGGACGCUGUGGCUGGCAUGGUAAUUCAUCAGUGUUUGCCUCCUCUGUAAGGUGUGAGGCUUGAGAAGUUGCUGGUACAAGAAAAUCCCUGAUUUCCUGAUUAAGUAGAACCAUUUUUGAGAGGAUGAGACAGCAGAUAUCCUAGAGACUGGAACACAGAGUGAUCAUCAGAGUGAGGGAAUCUGUUUUACCAAGACAUUAACAUCAUUUCUGAGCUGCUAAGGAAUUUCUUGCUUAUGGUGAGAAACUAGAAUACAAUUUUAACUCUCUAAAGGGUCAGGUUUGCACAGAAGGACAAACCCAGGAAAUUGACAUUUCUGUUCAAACUUAUUUAUGCUUUUUAAUCCUUUUAAUAAUGGAAUGGCAUUUGUCUGAUCAGGAACUUGUCAUGAUUUCCUUUUUUAGAAGGACUGCAUAGGAAACAAUUUUUUUUUACUUCUAUUAUCAUGUCCUAAAUAAUUUUAAACAAACUGAAUCCACAUUACUUUUAACUUCAGAAGGCCUCAUUUAUAAGAUUAUAUAUUUAAGAGGCAGUUAACUAUUAUAAAUUAUUUUGAUGAAUUAUGGUACUAUCGACAUUUAAAAUAAAGGGUCCUUUUGAUGACUUACGUGGGACUUUUGGUCUGCUCUUGUAUUGGGGUCUCUGAUCUGUGUUGUGCUGUGUAUAUCAUAUGGUGAGCAGGAUACCUGGGUUCAGCUAAUGAGCCAAUAAACUAGGUCACAGCACCAUUCCUUAGCUUGAACUUUGUGAAUUUGAUGCUGAAAGUCUGUGAAUUUGGAUAGUUUCUACUGCCUAUGAAUCAUCCAGGUAGAGUUGUUAAAUAGGCAUUUGUUAUAGAGGUCAGGAUCCCAGAACAUAGAUCUCAGAAAUACAAAUUUAGAUUACUUAUGCAGUUUCACUGCUGGUAAUUGGUCUGUUCAAAUUUUCUAUUCCUGCUUCAGUUUUGGUAUGUUAUGUUUCUAGGAAUUUAUCUUUCUUCUAAGAUGUCAAAUGUGUUGGCAUAUCAUAGGUUUUCAUAAUCUGUUACAGUUGUAUUUCUGUGGUAUUGGUUGUUAUUUCUCCUCUCUCAUUAGUGCCUUUGUUAAUUUGGGUCCUUUUUUUUUUUUUUAAAUGAGUGUGACUAGAGAAUGAUAAUUUUAUUCAUCUUUCCAAAGAACCAGUUCCUGGUUUCAUUGAGCUGUUCUCUUGUUUUUUUAGUUUCCAUAUCCUUUAUUUCUGCUCUGAUCUUUAUUAUUUCCUUCCUUUUGCUGGGUUUGGGUUUUGUUUGUUCUUUUUCUAUUUCCUUUAGGUGUAAGGUUAGGUGGUUUAUUUGAGAUUUUUCUUGCCUCUUGAGGUAGGCCUGCAUUACUAUAUACUUCCCUCUUAGAAGCACUUUUGCUGCAUCCCCAAAAUUUUGGACUGUUGUGUUUUCAUGUUCAUUUGCUUCCAUGUAAUUUUUUAUUUAUUCUGUGAUUUCUUGGUUGACCCAUUCAUUUCUUUAGUAGCAUGUUAUUUAGCCUUCAUGUAUUUGAAUUAACCUCCAUGAAAUUGAACCUAUAAUCAAAAAAAACUCCCAAAAAACAAAAGUCCAAGAUGAGACAGCUUCACAGGCAAAUUCUACCAAACAUUUAAAGAAGAGUUAAUACCUAUUCUCAAACUUUAUUCCAGAAAAUAGAAGAGGAAGGAAAACUACCAAAUUCAUUAUUUGAGGCCAGUAUCACUGUGAUACCAAAACCAGAUAAAGACACCACAGAAAGAGAACUACAAGCCAGUAUCUGUGAUAAAUAUAGAUGCAAAAAUUCCUCAACAAAAUAUUAGCAAACCUAACCCAACAAUACACUGAAAAAUCAUACACCAGGAUCAAGUGGGAUUUAUUCCUGGGAUGCAAGGGGUUCAGUAUUCACAAAACAAACAACAACAUGAUACAUCACAUCAGUAAGAGAAAGGAUAAAAAUCAUAUCAUUUCAAUAGAUGCAGAAAACAGCAUAUGACAAAGUACAGCAUCCAUUCAUGAUAUAAACCCUCAACAGAGUAAGUCUAGAGGGAACUUUUUAGAGGGAACAUACCUUAACAUAGUAAAGACCUUAUAUGAAAAAUCCAGAGCUAACAUCAUAUUCAGAGGUGAAAAACAUAGCUUUUCCCCUAAGGUCAGGAAUAAGACAAGGAUGUCUACUCUCACCACUUUUAUUCAACAUUAUUCAACUGGAAGUCCUAGCCACAGCAGUUAGGCAACAAAGAAAUAAAAGGCAUCCAAAUUGGUGAGGAAGAAGCAAAACUCUAUUUGCAGAUGACAUGAUACUAUCUAUAUACAGGACACCCAAAAGACCACCAAAAAACCACUAGAACUGAUAAAUGAAUUCAGUAAAGUCACAGGAUACAAAGUCCAUGUACAGAAACCUGUUGCAUUCCUAUACACUAAUAAUGAAGCAGCAAAAAGUGAAAUUAAGAAAAUCCCAUUUAUAAUAAUUGCACCCAAAACAAUAAAAUAUUUAGUAACAAACUUAACCAAAGAGGUAAAAGACCUGUACUCUGAAAAUUAUAAAAUAUUGAUUAAAGAAAUUCAAGAUGACCCAAAAAAGUGGAAAGACAUCCCAUGUUUAUGGACUGGAAGAACAAAUAAUAUUGUUAAAAUGUCUGUACUAUCUAAAGCCAUCUACAGAUUUAAUGCAAUCCCUAUCAAAAUAACAAAAGCAUUUUUCACAAAACUAGAACAGUCCUCUAAAAUUUGUAUGGAAUUCUAAAAGACCCCAAAUAGCCAAGGCAGUCUUGAAAAAGAAAAAACUGGAGGUAUCACAAUUCCAGAUUUUGAGUUCUAUUACAAAGUGGUAGUAAUUAAAACAAUAUGAUACUGACAUAAAAAUAGAUCAGUGGAAUAGAAUAGAAAAUGCAGACGUAAACCUACAAUUAUAUGGUAAUCUUCAACAAAGAAGGAAUAAAUACAACAAUGGGAAAAUUUUUCUUCAACAAAUGUGGUUGGGAAAACUGGUCAGCUAUAGGCAAAAGAAUGAAACUAGACCACUUUCUUUCACAAUAAAACAAAAAUAAAGUCAUAUUGGAUUAAAGACCUAAAUGUGAGACCUAAAACCAUAAAAAUCCUUGGAAGAAAGCACAGGCAGUAAUUUCCCUGACAUUGGUCAUAGUAACAUUUUUGUAGAUACAGUCUCCUGAGGCAAGGGAAUUAAAAGUAAAAAAAUUAUUGGGAGUACAUCAAAAGGUUUUUACACAGUGAAAGAAAUAAAACUAAAAGGCAACUUACUGAUGGGAGAAGAUAUUUGCAAAUGACAUAUCCAAUAAAGGGUUAGUAUCCAAAAUAUAUAAAGAAAGAACACAACUCAACAUCAUCCAAAAAACAAUCCAAUUAAAAAUGGGUAGGGGCGCCUGGAUGGCUCAGUUGGUUAGGUGACUGCCUUCGGCUCAGGUCAUGAUCCUGGAGUCCCGGGAUCAAGUCCCGUGUUGGGCUCCCUGCUCAGUGGGGAGUCUGCUUCUCCCUCUCCCGCUCUCCCCCUCUUGUGCUCUCUCUCUCUCAUUCUCUCUCAAAUAAAAUCUUAAAAAAAAAAAAUGGGGGCGCCUGGGUGGCUCAGUUGGUUAAGCGACUGCCUUCAGCUCAGGUCAUGAUCCUGGAGUCCCGGGAUCGAGUCCCGCAUCAGGCUCCCUGCUCGGCAGGGAGUCUGCUUCUCCCUCUGACCCUCCUCCCUCUCAUGCUCUCUGUCUCUCAUUCUCUCUCUCUCAAAUAAAUAAAUAAAAUCUUUAUUAAAAAAAAAAAUGCUUUAAAAAAAAAUGGGUAGAAGACAUUCUUCCAAAGAAGACAUCUAGAUGGCCAACAGACACAUGAAAAGAUGCUCAACAUCACUCAUCAUCAAGGAAAUGCAAAUCAAAACUGCAAUGAGCUAUCACUUCACACCUGUCAGAAUAGCUAAUACCCAAAACACAAGAAACAACAAAUUUUGGUGAAGAUGUGCUCUUGAACUGUUGGUUGGAAUGCAAACUGGUGCAGCAACUGUGGAAAACUGUAUGGAGGUUCCUUAGAAAAUUAAAAAUAAAACUACCCUGUGAUCCAGUAAUUGCACUGACAAAAAAUGUAAAAACACUAAAUCAAAGGGAUACAUGGACCCCUAUGUUUAUUGCAUCAUUAUUUACAAUUGCCAAACCAUGGAAGCAGCCCAAGUGUCCACCAAUAGAUGAAUAAAGAUGUGGUGUGUAUGUAUAUACCAAAAUUUAUAUGUACACACACACACAAUCCGGGUGCCUGGGUGGCUCAGUUGGUUAGGCGACUGCCUUCGGCUCGGGUCAUGAUCCCAGGGUCCUGGGAUCGAGUCCCACAUCGGGCUCCCGGCUCGGCAGGGAGCCUGCUUCUCCCUCUGACCCUCUCCUUUCUCAUGCUGUUUCUGUCUCGCUCGCUCUCUAAUAAAUAAAAUCUAAAAAAAUAUAUAUAUAUAUAUAUUCAUCCAUAAAAAAGAAAAUCUUGCCAUUUGCAACAACAUACAGAGCCAGAGAAUAUAAUGCUAAGUGAAAUGUCAGACAAAUACCAUAUGAUCUUGGGCGCCUGGGUGGCUCAGCUGGUUGGGUGUCUGCCUUGGGCUCAGGUCAUGAUCCUGGAGUCCCGGGAUCGAGUCCCGCAUCGGGCUCCCUGCUCGGCAGGGAGUCUGCUUCUCCCUCUGACCCUCCUCCCUCUCAUGCUCUCUCUCAUUCUCUCUGUCUCAAAUUAAUAAAUAAAAUCUUUAAAAAAAAAAAACAAACCAUAUGAUCUUAACUCAUGUUGAAUUCAAAAACAAAACAAAUGAGCAAAGGCAAAAAAAAAAAGGACAAACCAAGAAGCAGACUCUUAAUACAGAGAACACACUGGUGGUUACCAGAGGGAAGGUGGGUGGGGGGAUGGCUGAAAUAGGUGAUGGAUGACGAGGAUUAAAGAGUACAUUUACCAUAACGAAAAAAAAGAAAUUUAGGAAUCCUCUUUUCAUACUGCAGAUGUCCAAAUAUAGUGGGAGGUUUUUUCCGCCAAAAUUGCAUCUCAGAGGAGAGUCUAUAUUAUAUAGAGUCCUUUUCAGUUAUUUUAUCUUAAACCACAAAGCACCAUAUUAGAAACAUGUUGGAGAAUAAUAUAUUCUAUAUAUUUUUUGUCAUUCAACUUCAAAGACCAGAUGGUACAUACAGAAAGCAGCAAGAUGGCAUUUAAAGAUUUUAUUUGAGAGAGAGCACAAGCAGUGGGGCAGAGGGGACAGAGGUAGAGGGAGAAGCAGACCCCCUGCUGAGCCUGAUGUGGGGCUCAAUCCCAGGACCCUGGGAUCAUGACCUGAGCUGAAGGCAGAUGCUUAACCAACUGAGCCACCCAGGUGCCUCAAGAAACUCACUUUAAAUAUGAACGCAUAAGUACGGUAAAAUAUAUGCACAUGGGACACUAAUUGAAAGACAUCUGAGGUAGCUGUAUUAAUAUUACACAAAGAAGAUUUCAAAGCAAAGAACAUUACUAGAGAUGGAAAGGGUUGUUUCCUAGUGAUAAAGGAGUCAAUUAAGAGGAAAUAAUCCUAACGUUACGAUAAUACCUAAUAACAACUUCAAAGUACUUGCCACAAAAAUCAAUUGAACUGCCAGGAAAGACAUAAUCUACAACUAUAGUAAGAUUUCAACAUACCUCUCAAUAAUUGAGGAAAUAAGUAGAAAAAAAAACAGUAGGAUAUAGAAGACUUUACAAUACUAUCUACCAAUUUGACACAAUUAACAAUUAUGGAACAUUCUACCUAACACCAGACAGAAUAUGCCUUUUUUUCAAUUAAACAUGAAACAUCUACCAAGAUAGGUCAUGUCCUGGGAUAUUAAGUCUCAAUAAAUUUAUACAAAUCCAACUCGUGCAAAUUAUAUUAGAAACCAACAAUAAUAUAAGUAAAUAACAUACGUGGAAAAUCUUCAGAUAUGUGAAAAUCUACCAAUAACACACUUCCCAAUAUCCUGUGGGUCAAAGAAGUUAUAAAGCUGUUUUGAACUAACUGAAAAUGAAAAUACAACCUACCAAAGACUGAAGGAUGCAGCUAAUGCAGUACUUGAAAAUUUUAUAGCACAAGCACCUAUGUUAGAAAAGGAUAAAAGCUUAAAAUCAAUGACUUAAGCUUCCACCUUAAAACAGAAAAAGAGCUAAAGUUAGAAGAGUAAAGAAACAGAAGAAAUAUUUAAUGUCAGAACACAAAUGAAACAGAAAACAAAAAUAAUGGAAAAAAAAGAUUAAAGCCGGAUUAAGAACAUCAUUGAAAUGAAACAAAUGGAAAGAUACUCCAUGCUCGUGGAUUAGAAGAAUAUUGUUAAACCGUCCAUACUACUCAAAGCAAUCUAUAGAUUCAAAGCAAUCCUUAUCAAAAUACCAGUAGCACUUUUUACAGAACUAGAGUAUCAAAAUUUAUAUGGAACCAGAAAGACCCCAAAAAGCUAAAGUAAUUUUGAGAAAGAACAACACUGAAGGUAUCACAAUCCCAGAUUUCAAGAUGCAUUACAAAGCUGUAAUAAUCAAAACCGUGUGGUUAUGGCACAAAAAUAAACAUACAGAUCAAUGGAACAGAAUAAAAGAGCCCGUAAAUAAACCCAUGUUUAUGUGGCCAAUUAAUCUACAACAAAGACAAGAAUAUACAAUGGAGAGAAAAUGGUACAUUCAAAUAAAUCCUACUGGGAAAACUGGACAGCUACAUACCAAAGAAUGAAACACUUCCACCAUACACAAAAAUCAACUCAAAAUGGAUUAAAGACCUGUGAGCCCUAAAGCCAUAAAACUCCUAGAAGAGAACACAGCAGUAAUCUCUUAGACAUCAACUAUGGCAACAUAGUGUUGGUAGGGAUGAAAAAGGAGAGAAAGGACCCCUCAUGCACUGUUGGUGGGAAUGUAAAUUGGUGCAGCCACUGUGGAAAACAGUAUGGAGGUUCCUCAAAAAAUUAAAAUUAGAAAUACCAUGUGAGGGGCGCCUGGGUGGCUCAGUCGUUAAGCGGCUGCUUUUGGCUCAGGUCAUGAUCCCAGGGUCCUGGGAUCGAGCCCCGCAUCGGGCUCCCUGCUCAGCGGGGAGCCUGCUUCUCCCUCUCCCCUCCCCCUGCUUGUGUUCCCUCUCUCACUCUGUCUCUGUCAAAUAAAUAAACAAAAUCUUUAAAAAAAAAAAAAAAAAAGGAAAGAAAUACCAUGUGAUAUGGUAAUUCCACUACUGGGUAUUUACCCAAAGAAAAAAAAUAAGAUAUAUUCUCCCCUAUGUUUAUUGCAGUAUUAUUUACAGUAGCCGAUAUGGAAGCAACCCAAGUGUCCAUUGAUAGAUGAAUGGAUAAAAAUGUGUAUGUAUACACAAUAGAAUAUUACUCAGCCAUAAAAAAGAAUGAGAUCUUUCCAUUUGUGACAACAUGAAUGGUCCUAGAGGGUAUUAUGCUAAGUGAAAUAAAUCAGAGAAAUGCCAUAUGAUUUCACUUUUAUGUGGAAUCUAAAACAAAAUGAACAAAGCAGAAACAGAUGCAUAAAAAAAUAGCACUAGGGGUUGCCAGAGAGGAGGGCGUUGGAGGGGGGGGGGACAAAAUGGAUGAACGGGUGUGGGAGGUACACGCUUUCAGUUAUGGAAUGAGUGAGUCACAACGUUGAAAGGCACAGCAUAGGGAAUAUAGCCAGUGAUAUUGUAAUAGCGUUUUAUGGUGACAGAUGGGAGCUAUGUGUGUGGUGAGCAUAAUGUAUAGACUUGUCACUGUGUUAUGUACCUGUAACUAACAUAACAUUGUGUGUUAACUAUACUUCAAUUUAAAAAAGUAUCACCAGGGGCGCCUGUGUGGCUCAGUUGGUUAAAAAAGUAUCACUAAAACUUACAAGCCUCUAAUCAAAAACCAACAAAAAGAGACAUGAAUUAUCCACAUCAGGAAUGAGAGUGGUAGUAACCUCACUAGAGAUUCUACAAAUGUUAAAGAAGGAUUAGGAAGCAAUAGGAACUGUCAUUCAUUGCUGGUAGGAAUGCAAAAUGGUGCAGCCACUUCUGAAGACAGUUUGGCAAUUUCUUAAAAACCAAACAUACUUGGGGUGCCUGGGUGGCUCAGCUGGUUGGGUGUCUGCCUUCAGCUCAGGUCAUGAUCUGGAGUCCCGGGAUCGAGUCCCACAUCGGGCUCCCUGCUCGGCAGGGAGUCUGCUUCUCCCUCUGACCCUCCCCCCUCUCAUGUGCUCACUCUCUCUCAUUCUCUCUCUCUCAAAUAAACAAAUAAAACCUUAAAAAAAAAAUCUAAACAAACAAAAAAAACCCCAAACAUACUCUUACCGUACGAUCCAGCAAUCAAAUUUCUUGAUAUUUGCCCAACAGAGUUGAAACUUAGGUCCAUACAAAAAACUGCACAUGGAUGUUUAUAGCAGUUUUAGUCCUAAUUGCCAAAACAGGGAAGCAAUCAAGAUGUCCUUCAGUUGGUGAGUGGAUAAGUAAACCGUGUAAUAUUCUUGCAAAAAAGAAAUGAACUCUUAACAAGCCACUUGCAUGGAAGAAACUUAAAUGCAUAUUAUUCAAUGAAAGAAGCUAAUGUGAAAAAGCUACAUACUGUAUGAUUCCAACUCUAUGACAUUCUGGAAAAGGCAAAAUUAUGGAGACAGUAAAAGAUCAGUGGUUACCACAGGUUGGGGGAGGGAGAGAUGAAUAGAGCACAGAGGAUUUUUAGGGCAAUAAAACUAUUAUGUAUGACACUAUAAUGGUAGAUACGAGUCAUGAUACGUUAGUCAAAACCCAUGGAAUACACAAAACCAGGACACAAUACACACAACCUUAAUGUAAACUCUGGACUUUGGAGGAUAAUGAUACGAUACAGGUUCAUCAGUUGUAACAAAGGUACCACUCUGAUGUGGAAGGUUGAUUGUGGGCUGUGUGUUCAGUACUUUCUGCUCAGUUUUGUAGAUGGGAUGAUUAUGACCAAGUUUAUGCCAGUAAAUUUGAUGGGCUGAAAUAAAAUGGACAGAUUACUAGAAACAAAUUAUCCAAUUUCUCUGAAGAAAUAGACAACCUGAAUAGCCCUACAGCUAUGAAAUACAUUGAAUUUGUAGUUUAAAAACCUUCCUACAAAGACAACUCCAGGCACAGAUGGUUUCAUGAAUGAAUUUGAUCAAACAGUGGAGAAAAAAUUAUACCAAUAAUACACAACCUCUUCUGGAAAACUUGUGUCAAUUUUUUAUAUUAUGAGCAAGGCUUAACUAUUCAUUUAAAAGCAGUACAGGGACGCCUGGGUGGCUCAGUCAGUUAUGCUUCUGCCUUCAGCUCAGGUCAUGAUCCCAGGGUACUGGGAUCGAGUCCCACAUCGGGCUCCCUGCUCUGCAGGGAGCCUGCUUCUCCCUCUGCCUCUCUCUCUGUCUCUCAUGAAUAAAUAAGUAAAAUCUUUUUUUAAAAAAAUUAAAAAAAAAAUAAAAGCAGUAUACCAGAAGACUUCAGACCAAUAUCCUUCAUAAAUAUAGAAGCAAAAUUUCCUUAUAAAAUACUAGCAAAUCAAAUCCAGCAAUAUGUACAAAAGGAUGAUACAUUAUGAACAAGUGGGUUUUAUCCCAGGAAUACAAGGUUCCUUUAACAUUAGACAAUCAGUGUAGUUUAUGAUGUUAAUAUAGGGGAAAAGGCAUAUGAUCAUGCAGAAAAAAAAUAUUUGACAGGAUUCAACACCCAUCUACAAAAAGAACUCAGCAAACUAGGAAUGGCAGGAAAAGUCCUCAGCUUGAUAAGGGCAUCUAUGAAAAAACUAUAGGUAGUCUCAUUAAAAAAAAAAAAUUGAAGAUUUGGAACAAGGCAAGGAUGCCUGUACUUAGACUUCCAUUCAACAUUUGUGGUGAAGGCCUCAGCCAGUGCAGUAGGCAAUUAAAUAAAAGGUAUAUUCAUUGGAAAAGUAAAAGUGUAUUUGCAGACCACAAUCAAGGUUAGAAAAUCCUAGGGAGUUUUCAAAAAUACUACUAGACACAGUAAGGUAGUUUAUCAGGACCACAAAAUAAAAGGUAAAUAUAAAAAUGGAUUGUACUUCUAUACAACAAGCAGUUUAGAAUGGAAAAUAAUGGUAUUGUAAUCGCAAUUUACAACAGCCUAAAAAACAUGAAAGUAGGGCGCCUGGGUGGCUCAGUUAAGCAUCUGCCUUCAGCUCAGGUCAUGGUCUCAGGGUCCUGGGAUCGAGUCCCACAUCGGGCUCCCUGCUCAGCAGGGAGUCUGCUUCUCCCUCUCACUCUGCCCCUCCCCCCUGCUCAUGCUUGCUCUCUCUCAAAUCUUAAAAAAAAAAAAAAAAAUUGGGGGCGCCUGGGUGGCUCAGUCGUUGAGCGUCUGCCUUCGGCUCAGGUCAUGAUCUCGGGGUCCUGGGAUCGAGCCCCGUGUCGGGCUCCCUGCUCUGCGGGAGGCCUGCUUCUCCCUCUCCCUCUGCCUGCCUCUCUGCCUACUUGUUCUAGCUCUCUGUCAAAUAAAUAAAUAAAAUCUUUAAAAAAAAGAAAAAUACAACAAAUGGUGCUGGAAAAAUUAUAUAUGCCUAUGGAGAAAAAUGAAAUAAUGACCCCUUCUUUACACCAUACACAAAAAUUACUUGACAAUGAGUCAUAGAUCUAAACAGAAAAAAAGCAUAAUGCUUUUAGAGUAAAAUGAAGAUAAUCUUUGUGACUUUAAGGUAGGCAAAGAUUUCUUGACUCAUUAAAAGAACUAGUCAUAAAGGAUUAAUGCAUUGGAUUUCAUCAAAAUUAAAAGCUGCUCAAGACAUUGAAAAAAGUAAAGGUAAGCAACACAGUUGUAUCCAGAGUGUAUGAAUAGUGCUUGAAGUUCAAUUAAAAAAACCCAAUUUUUAAAAUGGGCAAAAUACUUGAAUAGACCAUUGGCCAAAAAUGUAUAAAUGGCUCAGCACAUGCAAAGGUAUUCAGUGCAGUCAUGAGGGAAAUGCAGACUAAACCACAGAUCCCUCUUCCCGCCCGUUAGAAUGGCUGGGAUACUGACCGCCGCAGGGGAGCCUGGGAAGGGACAGGGAAGAUGGUCACAGCCCAUGUACGGGGAGAGACCAAACCCAAGGAUGGCAUUUUCACAGUAACCAAGUGGCAAGGCAGCCUCACAAUCCCUAAUGUGGGAAGGCGGACGGCCGUGAGACCCGUUACCGGCGCCCGGGUGGACACGGCAGGAGGAAAGCGCAGGGCAGCCAGCGGAUCCUAGAGUAAGAGCGGGAACGGGCGCAGGCUUCCACCGGAGACACGCGGCGGGAUCCGCACAGCAAGGAGCCCGGCAGGAUUUGCCCGCCCCGCCGUGGCUUUGCAGCCCAGGACUUUGAGGUCAGGGCCCCCGACUCUGGAGGAACCGCAGGGAGGGAAUAAAGACUGAGCAGCGUAGGGGUGAUAGAGGGGAGGGAUGAAGCUGGGGUACGUGGGGGAGGGAAGCGGGUCCGAGCAGCCUGCGCGGUGGGAGCACAGCUGCAGGAGCCGGCGCUCCACGGAGAAGCUUCUGAGCCACACGUCCUACGAGGUCCGGGAAAACUGAAGUCCUCGUCAAAGGAGCACCCGAAGGGGAUCACUGUCAAAUCCCGUACAGAGUUACUGAAAGGGGGGGAAACCCUGUUCGUGGCCCACCUCCUGCGCAGGGAAAAGCAGCUCUUCCCUGACGCUGUCCUGUGAGCCCCAUUUCCUGCUACACUUCGCACACUUUGGUCACCGAACGUGGAGGUUGGUGGCAGCGAGCAAUUCUCUGUGACACCUGCUGGGUGUCCUCCAAUUAAAGUCAAUUCUGACACUACCCAGAGAUCGUGUCAGACCCACCGGUAAGGGCUCAGUCCCACAAGACUGCCCCACCCCCUUUGCCCGCUUGGUCGCCAGUCCAGGUCACCUGUGCUUCUGACCCACCAGCUGUAGAUUGCAGGGUCCCGUGACACCCCCCACCCUCCACGUGAACUUGCUAGAGCGACUCCCAGAACUCGGGAAUGCACUACUUACGUUUUGGUUUAUUCUGAAAGGAUAUGAUAAAGGAUGUAGACGAACACCCCAAUGGAAGAGAUGCGUUGGGCAAGGCGUGGGGAAAGUUCCCGAGCUUCCGUGUCCUGCCUGGGCGCCACACUGCCAGCGCCUCCUCCGCGCGCUCAGCCUCGGAGCUCCGCGCCUCCCGUCCUCGUAGGUUUUGUGGAGGCUUCCUUCCUUUGGCCUGACUGAUUAAAGCGCUGGCCGUCGGAGAAUGAGUCAGCCCAACCUCCAGCUUCCUCCCCUCCCUGGAGGUCCUGGGGUAGGAUCGAAAGCGCCACCUCUAAUCACGUGGCUGACUCCCCUGGUGCUUUCUCGAAGUCCCCUCAUUAACGUAACAGUCGCCUCUUUCCCUCUCCUCACUGAAGUUCCAAGGGUUUUAGGAACUCUAGGCCAGAAAUGGGGAUAAAGACCAAAUCUAUAUUGCUUAUGACAAAUUGCAAUAUCCUAGUUUAUCCCUGUCUUCAAACACAGAUUCCUAAUAGUAAGACAAAGAGACGCUGGCAUGUGACUAGAAUCCCAUCCGUCAUGAUAACCAUCUAGUCCUUCGCAUUCUAUGAAAAUGUCUCACAGGAUGCGGCCACUCCGGUUCGCAGGCGUCUGUCUGUACGAUCUGCUCAGGGUUCAACAGCGGGAGUGGUCUCAGCAACACAGGACGUCACCCUGGCAGGCGCUGGAAGACGCGAGCUGAGAGACGGUACCGUCGCUGCCGAUCCCUCUCAAGGUGUUAAUGUAACACUGGGUUUCCCUCAUGACGGCCCAUUUAUUCACUCCCGUCCUCUCAGCUACUAUUUCUCCCCCUCUCCAUUUACACGCAGACUUCUGACGUUCAGGAGGGCCAGUGGGUUCGCUCGGUGAGGCUGCUGCAGUGCAGACCUGGGGGGCUGUCCCCCGCAGCCAGUGCAGAGCGGGCACUGUGGACCCCGAUUCGGCCGGACGGGGUGAUGGGCCUCCAGCCCCGGUGCUUGCAGCCCUGGUCCUGGGACCACUGGACCACGUGGGGCAAAGAAAAAGGAGCUGCGGUGACAAGUGGAUGACAAAGUACACAGAGAGACGCUCACAAAGCUGAGCAAAACUGUCCCAUGCCGCUCGAAACAAGCCAAAGGACACUAACAGGAAAUGACAAUUUAAAGCAGAAUUUGACAACUCAGAAGUGUGGCAGGACUCAAGCAGGCAUUCGAAAUUUAAAAAAUAAGUUGAGGAAUGAGUAAAAAACACGGGGUGAAGAAACAUGAUACCUAAUGCCUUGAAAGGAAAUAGAAUUUGACAGGAAGGAAAAUUUUAAAUCAAAAAUAAAUGAGAAAAGGUCUUCUGUCCAAGAGGGAGGAACAGGAUCUGGGCCUGUCCUCCUGGGCUAAGCAGCUAGAAAAGCACAACAAAACACACACACGACUCUUUAGCUCCAGGCUGGUAGGGACCGCAGGACGGCCUCCUGAGAAACACGGUGAGUCUGGACUCAUCCCAGCUUUCCCCCCAGACCAGAAUGCUGUGGAGGAGCAGGGGAGGAGGCCAGCCUCCAAGAGGCUGGUGGUCGUGGCGACCGGAGACGGAGUGCAGGGAGGCCAGAGCGGCCGAAUGAGCAGCACAGAAUGUAGGAGAGGAGAAAGCUACACAGGGAAAGCACCCAGAAAUCUGCACAGGGUCUCCGCAGAGUCCGGCUGCACGCCUGUCUGUCCACAGGUGCAGUGUGACUCCACCAGACCCUGCCGAGAACAGGUUCAAGGGAAGAGCAAGUCCCCGGGAAGGAGAUCACACGGGGCUGGGAAUGCUUUAGCAGCAGCCCAGUGGGUACACCUCAGGGAACAUCCAGGACAUCCAGUAUGUUCCCCAAAGGGCCAUACCCCAGUGCUGGGGCUGAAUUAGACUCAUCUGGGGCUCCUGGGUGGCUGUCGGGUAAGCAUCCGACUUGGUUUCGGCUCAGGUCAUGAUCGCAGGGUCUUGAGAUCGAUCCCCACAUCAGGCUCUGCGCUCAGCAGGGAGUGUGCUGGAGAUUCUCUCGCUCUCCCUCUGCCCCUCCCCUCACGUGUGCUCCCACGCCCUCUCUCUAAAAUAAAUAAAAUCUUUUAAUAAGUAAAUUAGGCUUAUCUUAAAAAUGUGUAAAGAACAAGCUUUGAAAGGAGGAAACAGAUUCUCAGCUGCCGGCAGAAUAAAGUCUAACACCCUUUAAAGGAACGCAACACAAUCCAGCACUCAACAUUCUGGAAUCCAAGAAAAAUUAACCAGACACGGAAAAGGCAGGAAAAUGGGACCUGUCGCCUGGAGUAAAGAUCCAUCAGUAAGAUGGGCCCAGAAAUAAAAGAGAUGAUAGAAUUAGCAGACAGUGAUACUAAAAGCACCUAUCACCCGUGGGCUCGGUGUGCUAAAACUUUGAAAGGACAAUCUUAGGAGGAGGAACACAGCUGUGAAAUCCCGACUCUCAAGGUCACACAAGGCGAACCUGAGUUACUGUCACACACCACAGACUAAGGAAACGUCAUGACCAAAGGCCAUGUGGCGACCCUGACCGGACCGUGGAACAGAAAGAGGAGCGACCCAGCUUCCUCAGGCACGCGGCACACGGCCCUCGCGCUCGGCCAGGAGGCUACAGCGUGGCUCCUGGAUACCUGGGUGCAGGCACUGGCAGCUCCGCGGGACGCCGGCAAAGGCGUCUCUCGGGAGCCCUGGUCUCCUGAAGUGGUAGCGUGUCGCUGGAAGGAAACGUGGUCUCCUUAACUCCUAUGCCGGGAGAGGGAGGGAGCAGCUCUUGGGUCGGAGCUGCCACCAGCGCGUGUGAUGACACCGGGCCACGGGGGGCCUGGCUGCCUGCUCUGCCGAGCUGCCAGGACGCGGGGACUCUCAGUGCCACGGGACGCCCGUGCCCGUGCAGGUGGGUCCACUCCACGUCCAUGACCUUGCGCUUCUCUUUUCCUGGUGCUCGCUGGCAGCCGCCGGCCUGGCUUUCGGACGUCUGAGAAGUUGAGCUCAGGCCGGUGUUGGGGCACCCUCAGCAGAGCCCGAGGGUCACCGGGGAGCUGGGGUUUCCUGGAAGAGAAGAUCUUUCAGGAGCUAUAUUUCAGAUGGAGAACAUCACCCUUUUUAAAGUUUAACAAACGGGGCGGAGUGCUUUUAGGGAGAAGAUUAGAGCAAAGAGAUGGGAGGAAAACCAGGAGAGGGUGGAGGGCCACAAACACAAGGGUUAGGGUUUCAGAGAGACCAUGGUCAACAGUGUCCCCCAGGACAAGAAACUCUACUGGCCCGAAACACACCUGCUGCCUUCGGUAGCACGUGACCAGACGAAGGGUGCCUGCCUGGUGACCGGAGGGAGGAUGGUGCGGCGCCAGGUGACGGUGUUAACGAGGGAGGACAGGAGGGGCCGGGGUAGGGACGCAGAGGAAGAGCCGAGGUCUUUCUGCAGAACAGUCGGACUGCAUGCGAUUCUCCUGCCCGCCUGGGGCGCCGCCGGCUCUCCCUGGACUAGCGCAGGGCCUUGGCCUCCAUGCGUCAGCUCAGCUCCCGCGUCCAGCACCCCCCGUAGCACAGAACACGAGUUCGCCCUCGGUGCGGUCAGGGUCACGGCACUGCCUCCGGCAGCCCCCACUGCACCUGCCCACCUGGACCUCACGACUCGGCCCUGCUUCUGACCUCGUCUCCUGCCACCCUGUGUUCUUGGCUUCCCACACUCAGCCUCUCAAGCCCCGCCCCCCGGCCCUGGCUCCUGCACAAGCUCCUGCCUUGUACCUCCCGUGAGGUCCCCUUCACUCCUUGGGGAGGCCCCUCCCCACGCCCGGCCCAACGCACCGGAUUUCCAUCUUAAAAAUGGCCUCUCUCGGUCUCCCCAGUGCAAGCUCAGUGAUACUGUCUCCGCUGUGACGUCCCAGGGCUUUUCAGGCUUUUCAUAAAUGUGGCGAGUGCAGGGUCCACGAAUACGGCCACCGUGGCAGCUGACCAGUCCCGUCCACCGCGGGAGGGACAGCGCCUUGCUCUGGCUCCCUGGGACGCACUGCAAGGGCACUCUUCCGAGGGGGGAGGCACCAGGCGGCCCCCAUGGGGCUUUGCGGCUUCCUCCUAGAGAUCCGUCACCCUCGCACUGCCUCUCCUGCGCCCCCUGCCCUGGGGACCUGCGUUCACAUCCGGAGAUCCGACGGCCACAGUGCCCUUCCGUGCUUUUCCUGGCCCUGACCCGGAAUGAGGGGGGGGACCCCACUCAAGCCGAGAGCGGAGCUCGGGUUCUGCGAGGACUCGAGGGGUUUCCUUCCUCACGGGUCGGAUCGUGAGAGAUCCACUAGGUCGGGGGAAAAGACUGCACCAGGUAAGGGCUUCGCCACCCGGUGCGGACCCGCACCACUCCAGCCCCGACCAAGCUGGCGGUUUUGCAAAUGGGAGACGCUUGAGAGUAUUUUUUAAACCCUUUUGUCAGAGAAGUGCUUUGAGAAUUUCUAUAGAACCACGCAGUAGAAAAGCUUAUUUUGGGGUGUUCAUGAAGCACAAGCUGAAAACUGGUUUUAGAAACUGUGAGGGGGAUUCUGAACUAUUUUAAUUCUUAGCAAUCCCCUUCAAUGUCACAUACAUUCAGUACGAUGGAAAUCGAGUCUCUGUCACAGAAUGAAUCUGAAAAAGCCUGCCUCAAAAAAGCCCAGAAGACUAAAUUUAACAAGGAAACAAAGAGAGACUUUAAACAAGGGAACAGGACACCUUGGUAAACACCCCUCAGGUGAAACUGAAGUUCCCGUCUCUGCUCAGCUGCAGGGAACACAGUCUCUCCAUUUGGAAGGACCUACGACUUCACGUAAACUCGUUAUCUGGAAAGAAAGAGAACCGCGGCCGUCGCACCCCGGGAGCUGAGGGCUGAGCCCGUGGGCAGGCCCACGGCCAGCACCCAGCCCCUCCACAGCUCCAGCCCAAGGCGGGCAGGCGAACACAGACUCGGGCGCUUGGAUAGAUGUAAAAUAUUUUAUUUGUAAAUGGUGAUCUUCUAAAUCUGUGUCCACAAAUUCCAAAACCCAUAACACUCUGUAUACUUCAAAAAAUUCAAUUUUUGCCAACAUUAGGUACUAUUAUACAGAACAGAGAACAAAAACCCGGUAGGACAAAUACUGGUAGGAUGUCAGAAUAUUGUACAAGAGAAGAAAAAUAUUCAAGAAACAAAUUUCAUACAGCUAUUUAUCAAGAGAAAAAUAUAUACAAUUGAUUUAUUCUGUAAGAUAAAAAUACAUCAUGCCAUAUACAUUACAAGUUCAGAACUGCGUCACUGAUAGACCGACAGUUUACAGCCCACUUGAAUUGUGCACACGAAAACUUCAUUUAUACUUAGCCUGUGAAGUGUCAGUACCAGAAUUUUAAGUACAAAAUAAAAAGCUAACCUGGUUCAAAAUGCUGAUUAAGUUUCUACAAGCAAACACAAAACAGUGCUUUUUUUUUUUUUAUUAAAGAAAUGUAAACAAACAGUUCAUACAAACACAUUUUAAAAUUACAUCUUCCGAAACCCUAUUGUCGGGGUCCUGCAGCUGCAAGUGUGACCACAACUCUUUUUUUUUUUUUUUUUCCUUUUCAAAUUUUUGUGUUAAAUAGAAGGCUAGAGUUAGGCUGGAGUCCUGCUACACGAUCUAGUAUGUAUACAUGAUUCUCUGUGGCUUGAAACAAAGUUCUAAUCAAAACUACAUCCGCUGAAGAAAAGUUCAGCCUCCAUUUGGGUGUAUUUUUAAGCAUUAUUCACAGUUAUCACAAAUUGUAAGCACAAAAAAACCUGACUGAAGAAGUAGGGAUGCAACAAUAUAAUAUGAAAAAGUUAGUUUAAAUUACCAAAACAGCUAUAAAAGUCGUAGUCUUAGCCUACACUCCGUUCUAUCAGAAGGUGUAUAAAACAAUUAAGUACUAAUAGACCGUAGUUUCCAAAAAACCCCAAAUGCUCUAGGUUGAAAUUUUGGUUAUUACGUAAUUAUAACGGCAUAUUUAAUAACACAAAAUUAUAUUGUGACAUCCCCAUGAACAUUUUAUAAGCACCCGAGCUGCUGCAGAGCCUGGUAGCAUUUGGUCAAUACUAUUUUUAUACUGUAUUUUUUUCUCAAAAUAUUUACAUAUUUGUACAAAGUAACAGGGUCUGUUAGUUCUGCAGGUAACAGCAGCAGCUUGGCUUUCUUCUAACUUUUAUUUAAAAAUAGCUUCAUUCACUUAUUCAAUAAUAAAUACAAAAAGUUUCUCUUAUUUUACAGAAAUCAAAAACUACAAUAAACUGACUCAUGGAAUCAAGUAUUUAAAUGUAUUUUAGUGCAAGUUAUUACCCCUUAGCUCUAUCCCUAAGGAAGUCAUUUCAGUACAUUCCUUGUUCAGUGGUGUCUACUUUAUUUUAAAAAAUCUUUAAGUUAGAGGGCCUGCCCCUGUUUCAGAUAAGGCCGUGGCCAGCACUUUGGACGUCCGUCCCCCUUUCGCUGGUGAUCUCAGUCUGUACAUUCAUAGGAAGGCCCCCACCCCGGGGUAGGGCGGCAGGCGGCUCUUCGCCCCCAAGGGUCUCCUCAGCGAGACGCAAAAACACAAAACAAAACAAAACCCACCCACAGAAAGAAGGAGGAAAGAAAGAAGAAGAAAACAAAAGUGCUGACUGCUCUGUGGUCCUGGCGCCACUCCGGCCCAAAGGACUGAGGAGGGGAUCAGAACUCCCAGAGGCGAGUUUUCAGAAAGUCAUAAAACAGAAAACAAAAUCUCUUUCUGUCUGCAAAAUUCAAAUGGUGUGUUGAAUCGCUUCUUCCUAGGGACAAGCCGCCCGCCGAGACCGCAAGGAAUGCAUUCAGUUCAUCCACUUCCGGCAGUUCACGGCCCCGCAGUGACACGGAAUCUUGUGCUGGUCAUCUUCAAAGUCAAACUUAUAGUCAUAGCAAAGCUGCCCACGGCAAAGACACAGUGUGAGAGAGGCUGGGGGCGGGGGGGUCCUGCCUCUAUCUGCCCGAUCCGCAAACCCUGCAGCACAGCCAACCUAGCAAAGCACCCGAGCCGCGGCCGCCCCGUGGGCCUCGGACAGAAGCCCACCUGGGGUCCCCACGGGACAGAGACAUCGGCAGGCAACGCUUUCAGGCUGCACCACAUCUGAGGAAGGCGAGGCCGCUGGGGAGAGCUGCGUUCCCACACCUCCUCGCGGCUCCCCCCCACUCCCACCCCCAGGCCUUCCUCCUCCCCACCUGGGGGAGGGACCAACCACCCCUGCUGGCUGACAGCUUCUCUUCUCUCCUCACUUAAAAGAAUGUUUAAAAAAGGUCUACUUAGGGUCAUCAAGUUACUGUGCACAUCUCAGACCAGCCCUGCUGCCCUGGAGCCCAAGCCCCCGACCCCCCCUGACUCUGCCAGAAGAAGGGGAGGCCCAAUCCGAGGGCCUUCUGUCACAAACGUCCUAAGUGAGGGGCUGUUUGGAAAGACUUCCUUUCUACACUGAAACAGAAGACACCAACAUUUACUGGGUAGCUUCUCUCAGUAACAAAACCACUUAGUACCUUUUGCUAGGUACUUGCAGAGUUCUUCAGGGAGACUUGCGCCAUUUCAUAUAAAUGAAGCAGAGACUCGGAGAAGUUAAGUGACCUACUCAAGAAUACUCAGGAAGGGGAAGGAAGGACCCGGAGCUCGGGGGGUCUCCAUCUGUCCCAACGCCCCUGGUGGUCGCUGGCACCAUGCUGGGUUCUCACAUACUUUGAUUUACUCCUUGAGAUACUUCGAGAUGCGCCAUGGGCAUUGGGUAAAUUUUUGAUUUAAAAAGGGAAUCCCAAAAAGAUGACCAAAAAAUACAAGAAAUCAUCGCCUAGCUCUGAUCCAAAGGGUUGGGGGGUUCCAACAUAGACACUCAGGCCCCUCAUCCCCUGGCCCAGGAGAGGCUCUUACAGAAACCCACACUGCUCAGCGGCACCACCUAGAGCACCUCGAAAUGUGUGCUAAUCGCCUUUGUGGAAGACAAAUUAGGGAAACAUAAGUGGUCUGGACUAGUAAUAAUUUUAACAGGUGAAAGAGACCAGAGAAACAAAUGUCAAGUUCAGCAUCCAGCAUUUUGAAGAGAAAAGAUUGUAACAAAAGAGCCAAAUUGAAAAUACGUUGAGACAAAUCUGUAAGCUUGUACUGAUGCUAAGUGCGAAUACAGGAGAUCUGGACCCACAUGCUGCCCCCAAAUCGGCCGCCUGCAGCCUUCCAGUGGCCUCGCGUGAGCAUCAUGUUCCUGGAGACCACAGAGGCCACAAUCCCAUCAGUGGGAUGACAGGUAGAAUCUUUAAAGAGAGGAAUCCUGUCAAUCUGUGACCAAGGGGGUCAGGCAGGAGCCCAAAGACACAGGGAAGUGAUGCCACAUGGGUGCUGCAGGGAUGUGUGGAGUUUGGGAAGCACAGAGUGAGGGAAUCAGGGGGAGCUGGUAGUCCACACUUGCAAUGCUGCCACGAGGAGGAAGGCGGCACGUGGAUGUCCCGGGGAAGUGACGGGGUGGCACCCUCUGACCCACCACAAGGAAGAGUUUUUCUAGCACUAAAGCAAUGGACAACCCCCAGGCCGGCCGACCGCAUCAAGCAGCGAGCUGCACGCGGGGGUAUGAGCAGAGCAGACGGGAUCCCACACUCUUACCUCUUCUCCUUUCUGGAUUCUCCGGUUGGAGCUGAUGAUGAUUUUGUGUCCUCUCUCAAAAGUCACCACUUCAGCCACACAAUUAGGCGCACACGAAUGGUUGAUAUAUCUGCAAGCCACCGUGUCAGAAACUACUGAUUAUGGAGCAGCUGGAAGCUUUACAAACAUUCAGUUCGUCGGGAAAACUUUUUCCUGAUUACAUUUCUACGUGCCCAUUCGUAGAACAAGAACACACACGAUUUUAAAUGAAAAUUCUUUUCAAAACUUAUCUGCCCUGAAUUUUUAAUCAUGGAGGCUGUCGUGGGCACAUGGACCCACUGGGCAGAACUUCCUUGACCAGAUUCCCGUUGCCUCACCUGGCAGGCCCUCCUGUGAGUGUCGCAUCGAUCACGUGGUCAUUAUCCAUGCGGAACAUGUACACACCACGGUUCUGAAAGAGAAAAGUCAGAAACUCCUCCACGUGCACAUUCAGAGCAGGAAGACUCAGCUGCGAGUGAAUGGAAACACAGCCCGAUCGCACUCACUGUGGGUGUUACACAACCACGUCAGGGGACAUGUAUGUCCGUGGUGGGAAUGGGAUGGAAAUCAAUGGAUCGGGAGGUUGCUCGCAACGCCAGGCUCAUUAAUCUACAGCUGUAUCUAUGUGAACAAUAACACCAACUAGAUAAGGUGAGACUGACGGAAAAAACAAGAAUAUCCAGAUGUUAAAUAAAAAUCUUUUAAAAAAGGAGGGGGGUGCCUGGGUGGCUCAGUCGGUUAAGUGUCUGUGUUUGGCUCAGGUCAUGAUCCCAGGGUCCUGGGAUUGAGUCCCGCGCCAGGCUCCCUGCUUAGUAGGAAGCCUGCUUCUCCCUCUGCCCCUCACCCUGCUCAUGCUCUCUCUCGCGCGUGCGUGCGUUCUCUCUCAAAUAAAUUUUAAAAAAUAUCCAGAUAUGGCUUCUGUUCAAAACAACCUCACAGGACAGUGCGACUUGGCCCUGUUUCCAGCUUUUCAAUGGCACAGGGACACAGGAGGACUGGCCCUUACCUGAGACUCAUACAGUUUCUCUUUUCUGUUUGCAACUUCAUUUCGAAUGAUCGUGCCAAUGUACUCGAUGACCAUGGUGUGCUUCUCGAUGUCCCUAGCAGCAUAAAGGCCCAGCCCCUGCAAAAAAAAGAAAUAAAAAAUGGGGGGGAAAAUGUGUGUGUAUGUACUUCAAAAAUCACUUUGAUUUCUUGGACAACAAACCCGAUUCCCUUUCAUACAAAGGCCACAUCAAAAGCCACACUGAAGAUUUCACCUGAACUCGAAUGGUCUUUUUUAUUGAAUAUACUAUCACCUGAAACAAUCUUACCACUUAAAGUCAUGCCAUUACUAUCCUGCUUUGUGUCUUUCUUUUACUAAAUUCUGAAGGCAUAUUUACAAAGCUGUACCACUGACUGGCCACCACAUUCUGCCACGCCAUCUUCUCUUCCAUUCAUGCCAAGAUCCCACCAACUAAACAGGCUAAUAGCUUCUGGUGUUUAUCCCAUUACUGUUUCUAAAAGAAUAUGACAGGACAAUAAACUUAAUCGAUAAGAAAUAGGGCUAACCACAAGGGACUGUGAAUACUAUAGUCAGGUUUCGGAUUUGGCUAGGAGUUCCUGGAAGCCAGAGCAAAAGGAGAAGCACAAGUUACUCUGCUCUGAUUACCAGGAAAGCUAGAAAGAAAUAAAGUUCUUCAGAAAGGUGACUUUCUCCCAUAAUUUGAAGUUCGGAGGCCAGAGAGAAAUGUACGGGAAUGUGACCUGUCGAGAAACACUGCCGCGGGUCUCUCAUUUGGCAGCUCGUACUAUCUAUGCUAGAGGCCUAAUGAAUCACAUACUAUGAUUUGUUUGUGUACUUUUUAAGUUUUUAGCAUUACGAAUUCUGGAAAAAUAACAUACUGAAAAAAAUAGAUAAUUUCCAAGAAUAUGUGAUAUUUUCUUGUCCCAAUGUGAGUUUCUGCCUUCUCAACUCCAGCUGGCUGCCGGAAGACCGCAGUAGCCAAGCAGGGAAGAGCGUGUGCUAAAUGGGGAGUCGGCCAGGUACAGCUGCAUCAAGCCCCGCCGUGGGGCACACGGUCCCAGAGGCCCAUCUCAGAGACUUUGGUGUGUCAACCGAAUUAUCUUCUAGGAAAAGAAAUUUUAUGCAAUUUAUCUGUUCAAUUCCAGACAUAACUGAGGUGAACGAACCAGAAUACACGAAAAAGUAGUAUGUAUAGAGAUCAAUAGAGUUUGGUAUAAGAACAGACAAGAUCAGUGAAAAAGAACAGAGAAUCCAAGUAGAUCCAUGCAUAUGUGAAAAUUUAAUGUGUAAUAGUUAUUUAGUAGUAUGGUGGCGUCACAAUUCAGUGCAACAUGGAAGGGUUAUUUACUAAAUGGUGCUUUUCAACUAGUUACUCAAUGGAAGAAAAUAGUCUUAAACUAACACUUAAAAUUUCUGAAAUCAAGAAAUCCAAGAGACUACAUAUACAAUAAAAUCUACUGUCUUAAACAAGACUAGAAACUACAGAAAAUUAUGUACAUUUAACUAUGCAAAAACUGAAACUUUUAUAAGAAAAAAGAUACCAUACUUCCUAGUAGGCACAGGGUGUUUGGUUAGGGGAGAACAUCUAUUAGCACAAGUUCUUACAAAUUAGAAAAUGGGCAAAGGACGAAUAUGUAAUUCACAGAAGAGCAAAUUCAAACGGUAAGCAUGGAACGCUGCUCACUGGUGAGCCGUUAGAAACUGCAGUGAAGGGAGCGCUAUCAGGCUGGGGGACAUAGAAAAGGACAGCAGCAUGACAAAUGGGGAAAGAAGAGAGAGUGUCUCCCAAACGCAGCAAGAAAUGUGCAAUGACAGCCCUUCCGGAAAACCAACAAGGUCUGCUAAGAUGAAAAGUACAUACGUACUUUUACACAGUAAUCUCACUGGUGGGAAUAUUCUCCAAAGGAGUGAAUAUAGCAAUACGUGGGGAUAUUUGUACAACAUAUUGAUGGCAAUGCUAUUUUGGGAAAAACUGUAAGCAAAAUAAAUGUUCACCAGUUGUGGAACGGUUUACUUAAUUACAGUUCAUCAACGUCAGGGAACGUCACAAAGCCAUUAAGGAGAAUGAAAGAAUGAAACAGAGCCACCUCAGUUGCUGUAGAGGAUAAGUGAGAAAAGAAGACUGCAGAACAGUGUAUGGGAAUGAGUCCACCGGAACAUCCAUCACAGACAUGCCUGCACGGUCAGGACAGUGGCAAGGAACACACCAAACACGGGGGUUAAGAAAUCACUGAAAUGACAGUAAGGGAAUAAAAGUGACACAGAAAUAGGAAUGGUACCAAGUAAACGAGCUACUUGGGAACGUUUAAAAUGGGAAAAUAGUCGAUGGCGCAGAUGAGAAAGACACACCACCGGGAGCGGACCCAGGAGCUGGAGCGGCUCCAUUCUUGACGCAACAGCGAAAAGAAAAGAAAGAGAUCAUAUGUGUAAUUUAAACACACAGUAUCAGAUAAAAAGAUCAAGAGCAGAAAGGGCUCUUAGUUUUUUGUUUUUAUUUUUUUUAAACACAAAAGAAAGAUCAGCAGAUAAAGUAGAAGCCACAGAACAAGGACAAGGGAACCAAAACCAGAAGGGGGAGAGAAGGAGGGCUACGGAGACAGAAGUUCCCGUCUGUGUUCGCACUGGCCAUCUGGGGGCCCCACCGCAGGGGCCAGGUCCCAGCUGACGCUGCUGCUAGUCUGGGGUCCACCCUAUGAGAGCCCAGAUCUCAUGGGUCCGAAUUUGUCUAUAGGUUCAAAGAGAAAGAAAUAGAGGUAGGACCUUGCAAGAAUUAAUACAGAAACACUUCUCAGACUGAAGGCCACAAUGCUCCAGGUCGAAAAGGGUCAUCAAAUAAGGAAAGCAAUAAAAAAGAAAAUGACCCGAAUCUAGGCACAUUUUUUGUAAAAUGUCCAAACAUCAAGACUAACAAAAAGAUCCUACAAUUUUCUCAAGAGGAGAAACAAGGUUCCAACAAAGGAACAAGAAUCCAAAUUGAGUACAGACAAUGGAAAGAGAUCAGAUUUAUAUUCUGAAGGAAUCACAGUGGGUGUGAGUGGAACUGGGCGAGAGGAGGUGGGCAGCCAGACCCACCGGCCAUGCACACAAGACACUAUGGCAGGUAAACACUGUGGCGGAGCCAGAGCGUGGACUGAGAGAGCUCUUCUGAGGGGGAAAGGCAACCGAGCACUUGAGGAUGCUCUGGAUCUGGGCAUAUGGGGCCAAGGUACACAACUCGUGGACGGGGACACCACUUAGAAUAAUUAGGCUUAGGGACUGAGAUGUUCGGCAAAGUGAGCUUUGUACUUCCAUCCUGGGACAUCCAAGGGGGAGAUGCUGAAUAGGCUGGGUUCUUUAGGUCAGCAGUUAAGCAAGUAUGGACUAUGGAUAUAAAUUUACAUGCUUAGCCUGCAGAUGAUCUAUAAGGUAUUUCACAAUCUAUGCACCAGAAAAUACAGUGCUCUCGUGAAGAGAUGGCUUCCAAAAGAGAACUGCCCACACUGGAGCACCUUUUGAAAAAUAUUUUCAUUUGUAUUUCUUUUUUUUUUUUAAGAUUUUAUUUAUUUAUUUGAGAGAGAGAAUGAGAUAGAGAGAGAGAGCAUGAGAGGGGGGAGGGUCAGAGAGAGAGGCAGACUACCUGCCGAGCAGGGAGCCCGAUGCGGGACUCGAUCCCGGGACUCCAGGAUCAUGACCCGAGCCGAAGGCAGCUGCUUAACCAACUGAGCCCCCCAGGCGCCCCUCAUUUGUAUUUCUCACAAGAAUUUGAAACCGCUCUAGUGAACGCUCCACAAAUCCAGUGAGUACAAAAUACAGUGCUACCUGCUUCCCAUGAGUGCUCAUCGAGAUGCAAAGAUGUGGAUUCCAGAGGUCUUCCCACUGGGGGAAGAAAAGCAUCCAGGCUCAAAGAGACGUAUUCAGUCACUACUGUUACAAACUAACAAGAUGUGAUAGGAUUUUAAAAACAUGAUUCUAAUCCUGUAGCCGUGUGAAACCCUUCUUCACAUAUGGAUGCCAGUAUCUUCUGACCGCCAGACCCCGCCCUGUCUCUCGUCUUCCCAAGGACAGACUAUUUCCUUACCUGGAUACGAGACCGGGCCAGAUAGACGUUGGAUUUCCACUCGGUCUUCAUCUUCCGGUACUGCGAGGACUUGGAGUGGACGAACUGCUUACUGUACGGCGCGUUCAGCUCCCCCGUGACCGUGCUCUGGAAGGACUUGGAAGUGCUGGUGCUGUUCAAGGUGUGAGGCCUGCACACGAUGGCGCGUCAACAGGAAAGAGUAAAAGGAAAACUGAAGAUAUCUCCGAAUGACGCCCCAGGCCACGCUGAUUCGAACUCUUACUGACGGGAACAUACACGGAAAGCCGCCUAGCCACACGGCGAGUUCUCUGAUGCGGUCGGCACAGACACAGCCAGAGACAGCAGGGUUUGUAAGCAGCAGACAAAUCAAGCACAAAAACCACUAAUACGCCUAGAAACCCUGGGCUGUACUAUGUGAAGUUAAAACAAAAUACCUUAACACAAACCUCUUGACAUGGGCACUCAUUUUAGGUUCGGAACGGGCACAGCCUGUGGGGUUAACGGCAAGAGGGAGUUCCAUGAGAGGAUUGCGGCCAUACCGAAAGGUGUAGUUCUCACACGCCUCAACCCCAGGGAGCUGAAAAGGAGCGAAACAGACACAAGGUUAAUUUAUUUGACCAUGACUGCAGACAAUCCUGAGCUGGCCCAAGGGAUGGCCCAACUUGAACUUUUGUGGAAAUAACUUGUCAACAUAUUCCCUGGGGACAAAAUGGUCUUUUAACUUAUGUUAACAUAACCAGCCUGCACUCAGCUCUAUUUCAAUAUUAAUACACCGAUUUCAGUUUCAAAGUGGCACUUUCAUAAACUCUGGCAAAUGCUCCUUGAAGAAAAGUAUUAACCCACAGAACCACCACAGGCCAACCAACAUACAUGCCUGUGUGACUUUAGAUCUGAUUAUCCCAACCCAGUAUGUACUGACUUGCAACUUCGUUCUUUCAACUUUCAUAUAUUUGGAAUUUAAAAAUUAAAUAUAGUUAAAAAUCA